GAUCCACCGGCUGGGCUGGAGCCGCGUAUUCCACUUCGGCCCCCCCAGCCAGAAACUGAACCCGCCCAAGGGGAGGGCUGGGUCGGGAAGGGCACCGAAAGAAAGCGCAUGCGCCGAGGCGCCCUUGGCUGGGAGGGAGGCCAGGGGGCGCCCGGAGUCCUUCCCGGCUUAAUUGAAGGUCAUUGCUUAGAAUGCAACUAAAUCUCAACAACCAUGAAGUGGCUAUGUGUAAUUAUGAGUCCCAAAUUCAGAUAUUCUCUUAUGGUAAACAUAGCAAUGAUUUCAAACCAGAUGAAAGUUAUUCCAUCUCCUUAUAUCCUUAGUAAUAGAAUGAUGUCAUAUUACAAAACUAGAAAGAACAUCACAGAAUAUUACAGCAUACUUCAUCUUAAUGAAGGAUGUUCUGCAAAUGAAGUAAGAGAAUCUUUUCGUCAGCUUGCCAAGCAGUUUCACCCAGACAGUGGGUCCGGUACAGCUGAUUCUGCAUCAUUUAUACAGAUAGAAGAAGCCUAUAGGAUGGUAUUGGCCCAUGUAGCAGAGAAAACAAAACAGAGACAAAAGAAGUUGUUGGAGGAAGAGGAGGAAGAAGAUAUGUCCACAUAUAAAACACCACAACACAGGCAUUAUUUAAGUUAUGAAGGUUUUGGUUUUGGAACUCCAAGUCAACGAGAGAAACAAUAUAGGCAAUUUAGAGCAGAUCGUGCUACGGAGAAAGUAAUGGAAUAUCAAAAGCAGAAACUAGAAAACCAAAUUUAUAAACAUAGUGUGAUUGCUAAAAAUGUAAGGCAAAGUAAGCAGCAAAAAAUAACUCAAGCAAUUGAGCGCUUAGUUGAGGACCUCAUUCAAGAGUCAAUGGCUAAAGGAGACUUUGAUAAUCUGAGUGGUAAAGGAAAGCCCCUGAAAAAAUUUUCUGGCUGCUCCUAUAUUGAUCCCAUGACUCAUAACCUGAACAGGAUUCUAAUUGAAAAUGGAUACCAGCCAGAAUGGAUUCUAAUGCAAAAGGAAAUAAAAGAUACUAUUAAGCAACUCAGAGAAGACAUUUUGAUCUCAAGGAAUAAACUUGGGCAUCCAAUGACAUCAAGUGAGCUAAAGCAGUGGACCCAAAUUUGUGAGAAAUUUCAAGAAAAUAUUAAAAAAUUAAACAAGCGAAUUAAUUAUUUUAAUUUGAUUGUUCCUAUUCUAAACAGACAAAAAGUUCAUUUUGAUGCAGAGAAAGAAAUUGCCAGAGUCCAAAAAACAUGUGAAAAUUCAAUAAAAACAGAGAAGAUGAAUAAAAAAAGCACAGUUAACAUUGAACCAGAAAUCCAACAAACAGUUGGAAUUAAGAAAGGCUUUUUAAAAUGGAUAAUACCAUGGAGAUGGGGUAAAAUAUGAGGAUUUCAGGAUUGUAUUUCAAAAAGACUUUUUUUAGAUCUGCUGACUUCAAACGUGAGAUAUAUUUGCUGUCAUACUUAUUUAUAUCUGCUCAUCUCAGUGAAAGAAUUUCCAACCAGUCUUUAAGGAUGUAUGUGCCCACCAACUAUAUAUGAAAGACUACAACAACAACAACAAAAUCCCAAAACCACAAACUCGAGGACUCAUUUGGGAUGGGGCAAGAACCACAUUCUGCAAAUUUUGGAAUUAAAAACAGUCAUCAAUUGAAAUGAGUAAGGAUAAAAAUGUGGAACUAGUAAAUUCAGGUCAUGAAGUCAAUAAAGAUUGCUUCCAUCAUUAAACUA